AAAAGCAGCUGGUUACCAAGCAGCUCCCGUGACUAAUGCCUGUCAUAUGACUGUGACACCCAUGGAGACAGUUACAGGGAACAAGCUUUGAGGAGAAAGAGACCUUCUGUACUUUCUCUGGUACAAAAUGCCUCCGACUCUCUUCCAGAAACUUUUCAACAAGAGGAAUGCGUUUUCAUCUCCGCCGCCGAGGUGUAGCAGAGAGGACCCCGCUUUCAGCUGGCCAGUCCCCCAGCUGGAGCCCAGUCAGAUCCGGCUGAUAGUGUAUCAGGACUGUGAGAGGCGUGGCAGAAAUGUCCUCUUCGACUCCAACGCCAAGAAGAGGGGCACGGAGGAAACCCCCAUAACCAGCACGGAGGGCCAGGUGAAGAUGUUCGGGAAAUGCUGUCAGCUCCGGCCGACAGGAGGCAGCAGCAGCUCCCUGGACAGCUCCUCCUCCUGUGCGUCUGAAACCAAGGAAACCAAGGAGCAGGGCCUUCGCUUCCAGGGUUCGAGGUGUUCGUCUGAUGUGGUCAUGCUGGGAGAGAUGAUGUUUGGCUCGGUGGCUAUGAGCUACAAAGGCUCCACACUAAAAAUCCACCAGAUCAGGUCACCACCUCAGCUGAUGCUGAGUAAGGUGUUCACCGCCAGGACGGGAGGCAGUGUGUACGGCAGUCUCAACACGUUACAGGACAGCCUCGAGUUCAUCGGUCAGGACGGCAACACUCUGAGGCCGGAUCAAAACACCGGGGCCAGCAGCCUCCUCGGUAACAUAGGAUUUUCUCAGCUCUGCAGCCCUCGACGGGCCUUCUCUGAACAGGGCCCUCUGCGCCUCAUCAAGAGCGCGUCUUUCUUUUCAGGCCACAGCCACCCGAUGGACAUGCCUGGCCGAGGGCUUUACGAUGAGAGAGACAGCGGAAUCGCCAGGUCAGCGUCUCUGAGCAGCCUGUUGAUCACUCCCUUCCCGUCUCCUGGCUCCUCCCUGACCAGCAGCUGUGCAUCCAGCUACCAGCGCCGGUGGCUCCGCAGCCAAACCACCAGCCUGGAAAAUGGCGUCUUCCCCCGGUGGUCAGUAGAGGAAAGCUUCAACAUGUCGGAUGAAAGCGGAGGACCAAACCUCGGCGUGGCAAGAAAGAAGAAGAUCGCCAUCGGAGUCAUCUUCAUGCUGUCCCCCAACACGGAGGAGAACAACCGCUUCCAGGAUUUCUUCUUCUCCCACUUCCCUCUUUUUGAGAGUCACAUGAACAAACUGAAGAGCGCCAUCGAACAGGCCAUGAAGAUGAGUCGGCGGUCAGCUGAUGCCAGCCAGAGGGCCUUGGCUUACAGCCGCAUGGUGGACGGCCUCAACGAGUUCAGGAUGACCAUCUGCGACCUCUACACCAUGCCCCGCGUGGCCGAGCCCGUCUGGUUGACGAUGAUGUCUGGAGCUUCAGAGAAGAACCAGCUCUGCGGUCACUUCAUGAGGGAGCUCUCCCUGCUGAUGGAGCAGGCCUCCAAGAACCAAUUCCUCCCCGCGUUACUGACGGCCGUCCUGACCAAUCACCUGGCCUGGGUGCCCACCGUCAUGCCCAACGGACAGCCUCCAAUCAAGAUCUUCCUGGAGAAGCACUCCUCCAAGAGCGUUGACAUGCUGGCAAAGACGCAUCCUUAUAACCCGCUCUGGGCUCAGCUGGGAGACCUGUACGGGUCCAUCGGGUCCCCCGUUCGGCUCUCGAGGACGGUAGUCGUGGGCCGCAGACAGGAGCUGGUCCAGAGACUCCUCUACGUUCUCACGUACUUCAUCCGCUGCUCCGAGCUGCUGGAGACUCACAUGCUGGACAGCGCCGAGGACGAGGCCAUCGUCAUGCCCGGCUCGCUCAUCACCACCUCCUUAAGGAAAGGAGAGGUGGAGGAGUCGGACUACGUCCUGGUCACGGUCCACAAACCCAGCGGGGACUACUUGUCCGAAGGGACGAGACAGACUGAGGCGGAGGAUAGCAGCUACCCCUCAGACAACAGCCUGCAGAGCAGCGCAUACACAGACACUGAGAUGGAGCAGAGAGCCGGGGACACGCCCAAGGAGGAGGAUGAGGAGGAGGAGGAGGAGGAAGAGGAAGAGGAGGAGGAGGAGGAAGAGGACAGCAGUGAGAGUCAAGGGUCCAGGAGCAGUGUGCUUCAGUCGGGACACAUCCAGGGGAACAACCCUGAUACCAGGACUACAGAAACCUCUGAACCGGGGGAGCUCCGCAGAGAGUCCAGCAGCCCGCUCUCCACUGAGACUCGACUGGAGACGGUGCUGCGUGUGGGCUCAGCGUCCCCCAGAGAGCAGGUCCCUGUGCUGGAUACAGAGACCAAGAGUGACCUGAAACCCACUGUCCUGUCUACAACCCUUCCAUCAAGUCCAUCCACGAGUCCUGGAACAGCAGAGAGUCCAGGCUGCGGGUCAGAGGCCGUGACGGAUGCAGGCGGCCAGCAGCGGGCUCCGUCGCCUCCGGGUCUCCCUCUGGAGAAGAAACCUCCGGACAAGAAGCCGGCCGCUGCAGCGCCGGUCCCCAUCACCGUGCUGAUGGCUCUGAGUCUCACAGAGGAGGAAGAGCCGGCACCUAAAGUCACUUUCCAGAUCGGGGCCUCCAUGUCCCCGGAGUCCGACACCGAGAGCCGCGAGAAGAGGGUGGAGGAGGAAAUCAAAAAGCACAAUAAACACCUCAAAGACAAACACCCGCUCCACCAGCAGCUGCUCCUGCACCAGCAGCAGCUGCACAGAGGAGCAGAGUCCAAGACCAGCAGCCGUGCACCAGAGGACCAAAGCAAACAGACCAAGGCCGCUCCGCCCCUGCAGCGGGUGUCCAGUAAGAUGCCUCAGUGGAGCCCCAACUGUAUGGACGACUUCGACGAGUAUUUCAGUCUGGAGAACCCUGUAGAGACCAGGACUAUAGACCAUGUGGCCAAACGACAGAAGGCCAGCACCACAGACAGUCUGCACAAAGACCUGCUGGACCCCUCGGGAGUCCAGCGGUCACGGGACUUAGGGGCUCCGAGUUUUCAGGGCGGAGUCCGGGGUUUGGGUUUGUGUUUGGGAGCAGGGAGUGGAGAGGUCGGGUCCAGCAGGAGGGGGGACACGUUGCUGGAUGUCCAGAGGAGGUGCAGGUGUGGGUCCACGGACUCCUCGGACACCUGCUGCUGCAGGGGCUGUUCUGCCGAGCAGGACAAGGGGCUCCUGCUGUCCGUCCCCGUCCCCCAGGACGGAACCAGCAGCUGCAGCAAAGAGGACCAAAAGAGGAAAACCGCGCCCCUCAACGACUGGGAGAUCCCACGCAACGAGAGCUCGGACAGCGCGCUGGGGGACAGCGAGAGCGAGGAGACGGAGGACUGGCAGGAGGAGGUGCUGGUCCCGUUCCCUGGGUCUAAGCUGGUGGAGAACUACUCCAAGCCAACCAUCGCUAACUUCGGACGCUCUCUGUUCGGAGGAUACUGCCCCAACUACGUGCCGGACUUCGUGCUGCACGGGAUGCCCAGCGACGAGAAGCUGAGACAGAACCUCAUGGCUGAGUUAACCCAUGCUGUUCAGCAUCCAGUUUUGGAUGAGCCCAUAGCGGAGGCCGUCUGCAUUAUCGCAGACACAGAGAAGUGGACGGUUCAGGUGGCCAGCAGCCAGAGACGAGCCACAGAUGCCAACAAGCUGGGGAAGGAGGUCCUGGUGUCCAGCCUGGUGUCCAAUUUAUUACAGUCCACUCACCAGCUCUACAAACUCAACCUGUCGCCCAACUUUUGUAUCAUGCACCUCGAGGACCGCCUGCAGGAAAUCUACUUCAAGAGUAAGAUGCUUGCUGAGUAUCUGAAGGGCCAGACACGAGUCCAUGUGAAGGAACUGGGCAUGGUCUUAGGGAUCGAGUCCAGUGACCUCCCCCUGUUAGCCGCGGUGGCCAGCACCCACUCCCCUUACGUGGCCCAGAUCCUGCUAUGAGACUCUACGGCACCGAGGUCCUGAGGAGUGAGCCGCCCCGGGAAUCCAGUGAGUCCGGCCCCUGAACCUGGACCUGCUCACCCGGGCUGUACGGUAUCUUUGGUGCACUCGGACCACAGCCCCCCGCCCCCCUUUCUCUCUCUACUGCUGCUGAACGAGGUGUAAUGCUGCUGUUGCACCACAGGGGGGAACUAUAGACCACUAAGCUCCAGAUCCAGGCCCGCUCUGUGAGGUGGACCCGCUCCUGUUGUUUGAAUGUUUUCUUUUUACGACAGGACUCUUCUUUUAUUUUUGGACACAAAGCCAAAGACUGUCUUCGUUUGUCCCCGAGGAGAUGAACUCACAGAUCGGAUUCUUCUUUCUUUCUGUACAAUCUCAGAGCGCUCGUACGAGGACGACACACGGACGUUUUUAAGCUUUUCUUUGAGGUAAAUAUCAGAAAGAACAUUAUCAAUCUUUUCUUCAUUUCUCCUGAUGCUUCUGUUUACACGUUAACGUUUCCUCACACACGUCUGGUCCGACGGCGGCACGCCUGACUCACGCCUGUUUCUGAUCCACUCUCUGAGAUCUCUCUAACGCGAUGUUUCAAACACGUCUAAAAGUGCUUUUGACAUUCUUACCCCGGGUACAGCACUACCUCAGACCUUUACCUGGGCUGUACAUGACCCCUUCAUUUACAGAGACCCACAGAAACCCCCUGAGGUCGACUUUUUAAAGGUUUGAAUCAGAGGAGCGUCGGCCGGACUCUAUGCUGUGUUCAGAGAACGGAGGGACGAUGAACCCCUGAGACAUAUUUUUCUUCAGAUCGGGACGGAAGAGGAGGAACGAAACACAUCAUCUAUUUUAAAAACCAAAAUGCUGAAGUAUUUUCUCACUUUUAUAGAUCCCAAACUUUUUACCAUGUUUACGGCGUCCACGCUCGCCGCGGCGAGAGGAGGAGUCGGUCUUAUAAAGGGUUAAAGAUGAGUCGGGUAACACUAUUCUCAAACAGGAUUCUACAGACAAACUAUAAACACACACGUCUUUGUUUUCACUCUUCAUGAGGAGUAACAGAUACUGGGUUCUUUAUUCCCCUCCUGGUGUAAAGUCCACCCUGCAGCAGAGCAGGUCACACUUUAUUCAUAUUUCAUCCUUUCAUUGUCGCUCUUGUUGUCAUCAGUCGACAUCAUCAGAAGAUCCUCUUUGAUUUGUUUUAUAGCAGGUACAGUAGGAUCAGUCUAACUCCAUCAUUCUACUGGAGUCACUGCUUCAGCCCGACAGAGACUCCUUAAAGUCAAAGGAUGUGACGUUUCAUUUAUUCAGCUUUAUAUAGAAGUCAUUUUCCAAACUCUAAAGAUCUAAAUCAGAGCGUGAGAUUCAAGGGCAAGGGCCAAAUACCACCAGAUCCGUGUCCGGUCCAUCUCUGAUCCGUCACAGCUCCAGAUCUGUUCCUAUUCUAGUCAAUGUGUUAACUUCCACUGGAUCCGCUCCGUUGUGUUCCAGGCUCCGUCUCUGAUCCAGCAGGUCGGAGUCCUCAGGAUCAGAUACACAAGACUUCUCUUUGUGCCAGAUGCCGGAGCACGACGCAUCAAUCUCAACAGAGCAGAUGGAGCGGGACAGGAAGUCAGGUUUCACCAAAACAAAAUGAAAACAUCCGGUUAAUUUUCAGAAUAAAACACUCUGUGUUAUCACCAGAUCGUAUUUCACUUAACUACAACAACAAACCAAAGUCAUGAUGAGCGGAGCCAGGCCUGGAGUCAACAGGUCAGAGGUUUUCAGAGGACCAGAAAGACAACAUGGAUGAGGAGGAGGAGGAGGAGAAUCCUUGAUUCAGGGAUUACAGAAGGGGGAAACCUCGGUCACAUGACUCCAGCUGUCUGGUGGUCCUGCUCCGGACCGCAGUGGAUCAGAGACGGUCGGAUAUGGAUCUGGUGGAAGUCCGGCGUUAGAAAGGCGGGCUGAGGGCUCAUCGAUCUGUUUCUCACAACUAAAUGAAACUUAAUCUACACACUGCUCUGUCAUGGGUUUAAUAAGACACACACACACACACAUUAGAGAUUGGAUGCUGAGGAAAACACACACAACCAUUAAACUCCAAAAGUCACUUUUAAACCCGUCACCGACCCGAGUCUUAAAGGAACCGUCUGCAGAGCGUCUGCAGAGCGUCUGCAGAGCGUCUGCAGCGCUCUCCAUGCCGCCUACAUUCGAACACGCCGUCACGCUCGCCACAGCUCGAAGACGCUCCGCUGUAUCAGCACUCUUUUUUUCUACAACCCAGACCUUCUGCUGGUCGGUCUGAGUGGAUGUCUGCUUCGCCCUCUCUGUAUAUACAUAAAUUAUUCAGCUGCCCUCGGUUUGUGUAAUGGUUCAUGUUAAACUGUACAUACGUUUAUUUCCAUGUGUUUGUACAGAAUGUCUUUAAAGAAAUGUCCUCAGAUUAUUUUUUCCCAAUUUUAUGGGAAUGUUGUGCAAUAAAGAUUCAGAUGUCAA